CCAAUAUCACGGGAGGACAAAACCGGCCACAGCCGGGGAUGGCGGUGCCGUGCCCGCAGGCCGGCGCCCCGGACGCCGCUUUGAAGGGCGCAGCCCGGAUCGGCGCUGCGGACGGAGCCCCGGGAGGUACCGACGGCCGCGGCCCCGCACCUCCCCGCUCCGCCCCGGCCCGGCCCGGCCCGCACCUCCCCGCUCCGUCGGGCAGCCCCGGCCGCGGCUGCGGGAGAGACAGAGGAGGAGGCGCGAGGAGGAGGGCAGGAAGCCGUUGCCGGGGCGGCGCGCGGCUGGGGCGGGCGCUGUGCGGGUGGCAGCCCGUUGGAACGCGUGCCGUUGCUAGCGGCUUGCUUGCCGUGACGCCGCUAAGCACGGCUCUGUGCCGCAACCGGAGCCGAGCCGACGCCGCGCUGCCAGAUAUAACGGAGUUGAACAGAGAGAGCUUGUGAAACAAGAGAUCUUGAAGGCAAAGCACAACGGCAGGGAGAAGCUCAGCCUCAGAUAGGUGUACAUGGCCGCAGCCAGCAGACGGGCAUGAAGACGCUAGCAGAGACACAGGCCAAAGAGCAGCAAGGCCACCUCAGCUACGGAGCAGCCAGAGCGCCUGAAAAUGCGACAAGCACCAGGAUGGAUUUGUCGUGGUCAGAUGUUUUCGUCUUCCUCCGUGUUGUCUCGUCUUUAAGGAACUUAGAGAAGACCAUCUGUGCCCAAUGCUGCCAGCAUAUCUGCCGGAACACCUGGAAAAUAAAUUGUUGUUCUCAGUGUAGAUGUUCUGCUGUUGUUUGCACUCUGGAAAGCAGGCUGGAUGGGGGAUGGCACUGCAGCUCUCCCCCCACCCGUGGGAGAAUGCAUGCAGUCCCAAAGGGCUGCCCGCUGAUAAGUAGCACCACCCUGGGAAGCCUCAGCCUCAGCCAAGAACUGGGGGAGAAGCAGGGGCUCCAGAGCUGCUCAGGGCCCAGGGGAGCAGCGAACUGGGAUGGGGGUAGUGGAAGGUUCCACCACGUGCCGGGUCCCACCGACACUGCUCUUAGCAGGACAGAGAACAUCACACUUGUGCAGCUUCUGCCAUUUCUUGCUCACAACCUGCAGCAGCACCCAGCUGCAUCACUGCACCUGCACUGCCGGUGGAGGAGAUGUAGCUGCCCCCAGGAUGCCGUGUCCCCAGGUAGCCCCUACCCCCGCAGGAGCUGAGUGGUGCCCCACAGCAGGAAGCAUCACCAGGACCCCAACUGCCUUUAGGAAGUGCUACUUGCACCCCAGCACCCCUGCACCACUGCUCCCCGUUCCUCUCCAUUCCCACUGCAGCCGCUCCAUCUUCCUGGAGAGCAGUGGGCGUGUGCCUUCAGUGCUGGAAGACAAGAAAAAAGUUGCAGUGUGGGGGUCCAGCUUCAGAGAGGAACGUGGUACCAGGCACCCCGUCACCCCACACACAGGAGGAGGGAUGCAAGAAGUGCUUUUGUCCUCUAUCUGGCACCCAGCCUCAGCCACAAACUAUUUCCAAAGGGCACCAUACAGAGGCUGGAGA